CCAGAAAUCUGAUUCGAGGGCUGCCCGCUGCUGACCCUUCUCUCUCUGAUUACCUUCGUCACAGCUUACAGCUACUCUCUUUCUCUCUGACCGUCCCCUUGUCAUCGUUCCCCCCUUGCCGCCCGGUUGCUCGGUGCUACCGUCGAUUCACAACUCCGAUUGCACGGUGCCGCUGUCGAUUCACAAACUCAAACUGGACUGAGCCGCCGUCGAUUCACAAACACGAAUCGACGUGCUCGGUGCCGCCGUUUCCGUCCAACACGAAUCGUCGCUACCCCUUGCCGCCGUCGAUUCGCAAACACAAAUUCCGAUUGCUCGGUGCCGCCGUCGUUUCAGCUUAAAGGGGAGAGAAGGUCAAACAUAGAGAACGAUGCCACAUAGAACUCGACCUAUGGCCGGACUCUUGUUGUUUACUGGUCUUAAUGUUGUAUUGGUCUCAACCAUAACUCCAGUCUAUGAUUUUGUCUGCUUUCUUCCAUACUGGGAAAGAAGGAGAGAGCGUUGUCGCCAAGAGCGUGAAGUUGCUUUGGCUAAGGGAUCUAACCAACAUAAGUUGGUUUCCUAGUUGAGAUAACCUGUUUUUUUGCAUUUUGAGAUUACAGAUUCAUGCUAAUAUACAAAGAAAUGGCAGAUGGAACCAGUCAUCCAAAUUUUCCCUCUUAUCUUUUUAAGUUGCCGUGAUUCGUGAAUGUGGUUGUGCUUGAGGAAAAUUUGGCAGACAACAAUACUGUCUUUGGCUGUGAAAUACCUUCUGUGUGACUUUGCUAAUAUAUCUCUAUUUGAAUCAAGAAACCUUUUUCUGGAGAUGUUUAAAUAAUCUUUGUAACUGAUGAACUUUUGGGUAUUUAUCUGGGUUACAGCAAUAUAUAGUAACUGAAAGCUUCCCAUCCUUGCU